GUAAUUCAUCGAAAGUCUUUCUAUUUUCCGCAUCUCUUGUUCAAAAUAGUAACCUACUAAAACAAGAUGGAAAAGGAAAAAGUUGACGAACUUCCACCAAAUGACAAUUGGUAUGAGACUGCACUGCCAAAGCCGCCGGUACCAAGCCUGGAGGCCACGCUAGAUAGAUAUCUCGAAUACGCUGCCGUUGUAGCCGUAGGCCAGAAAGCCUCACUAGCGACAACCCACGAUGCAGCUCACAAGUUCGUGCGUCAAGCUACUCCGUUACAGGAGCAACUGCUGGAAAUUGCGGAGAAGUCGCCGAAUUGGGCCACAAAAUUUUGGCUCCCCGAGAUGUAUAUGAGAGUUAGGAUGCCAACGCCCGUGAAUUCAAAUCCGGGGUAUAUUUUUCCGAAAGUCAAAUUUGAGACAAAGGAGGAUCACAUCAAAUAUACGGCAUUGCUGACAAGAGGGCUCUUGGAGUACAAGAACUUGAUAGACACAAAACAAGUGUGCCGAGAAAAGUCCACUGGCGCGCAAAAACUCCAGAUGUGCAUGGAACAGUACGACCGAGUUCUCAGCUGCUACAGGGAGCCGGGCGUCGGCGAGGAUACCCAAAUACGAAAGCAGAAGACGAAUGAUGGGAAUGAACAUGUACUCGUGAUGUGCCGGAAUCAGACUUUUUUGCUCCAUUCGCGAAUCAAUGGAGCUCUAGUGUCAUAUGCAGAUGUGGAGUACCAGCUGGCGCAGAUCGAGGAGAUUUCUAAGAUUAAUCAAAACAACACCGCAAAUAUCGGAGCCUCUGGCGUUGGCCCGCGUGAUAACGCGGCUCUUUUUUGGCAGGAUAUGCUCACAGUCGAGCAGAACUCAAAAUCCUAUGAAUGGGUAAAGUCGGCGCUUUUCGUGGUGUGUCUUGACAUGGAAGAUCCUAUUGAUUAUGGGAAAAAUGAUACCAUGAGCAUUUCCGAGAAGGAGAAGGAAUUUGUGGCGCGUGGCUACUCAACUCUGACCGGCCAUGGAAGUUCAAAGUUCGGGCUCAAUCGGUGGUAUGAUGCGACUAUUCAGCUGGUGGUGUCUUCCAGUGGUGUGAAUGGGUUGUGCAUAGAGCACUCGACGGCCGAGGGGAUUGUGAUUAUUAAUAUGGCUGAAACUGCUAUCAGAUAUGCACAGAAGUACUUUAAAAGCAAGAUGGUUUGGAACGACGUGCGCAAUGUACACCCCAAAUCUCUGACAUGGCAUUUUAGUGAAAAUUCUAGAAAUAUUCUGAAAAAGCAGGCGGAAGUUUUCGAUGAGCUCGCCAACGAACUGGAGCUUGAAGUUUUGAUUUUCAACGAAUUCGGCAAAGAUUCCAUCAAAAAUUGGCGUGUCAGUCCGGAUGGAUUUAUUCAGUUGAUUAUGCAAUUGGCGCAUUAUAAAACACAUGGUCACCUCGUUUCCACCUACGAAUCAGCUUCGGUUCGGCGAUUCGGUGCGGGAAGAGUUGAUAACAUUCGGGCGAACACACAAGAGGCGCUGGAAUGGGUUACGGCAAUGGCGAGCAAGAAGGAGUCUAAAGAGAGAAAGCUGGAAUUAUUUAAGAAGGCUGUGCUCAAGCAGGUCAAGGUCACGUUGGAGAACAUCAGCGGCUACGGUGUCGACAAUCAUCUUUGCGCCCUAUUCUGUCUCGCCCGGGAAAGGGAAGAAACGACCGGAGAAGAUAUACCAUCACUGUUUCUGGAUCCUCUGUGGUCUGAAGUUAUGCGAUUCCCAUUGUCGACAAGCCAAGUCACAACCUCUCUGGAUAUCCCUGAUUGCUACCUGACGUAUGGUGCAGUGGUCCGCGAUGGCUAUGGAUGCCCGUACAAUAUUCAACCGGAUCGAGUGAUUUUUGCGCCGACUGCGUUCAGAAGUGAUCCGAGGACUGAUUUACAACAUUUUAAGAAAAGCUUGGCUGGAGCUAUGAGAGAUGUCAAGGAGCUGCUGAGCAACUGAAUUUUAUUAUUAUUUUUUGAGAUAUUUUUUAUUUAAUUUGGCAAUAAUUUGAAUAUAGAGAUGCAUGUAGUUGAGUGCUCAGAAUUUUUUCCCUUAAUUGGAAAUAAAGUGGAUUUGUAUAUA